UUACUUCAACAAUCCGAAUUCGAGUUGGUUGACUAGCUGGUUUAAUUCUCUCAACUUCUUCUCAGAUUACCAGUGAUAAAUGUGAUAUAAUCUAUCCUAUUGUUAUUGAUUAUGACAAGUCUGCUUUUUAAUCCUAAUAAAGGACCUUUGACUCUUGAUCAUGAUCUCUUACGAAGACUAUAUUGCUGAACAGUUAUGGUAUUUACAUAAAUCACCUCGUCAAUCUCUUCUAGGAAUUAUAGCGCAACCGAGAGAUUUAGCUACAGAGAGACGUAUCAUGGAUGUUCCAAUGCAUCUGAGAGAUUUUCGUUACCAUGGGUACCCAGAAGAAAGUUUUCAGAGGCCUAAAAUAUCUAAUAGUGAAGAACAAAAGACCAGGAACAGAUUUGGAGGAAUAGAUUAUUUAUUUAAAUCAAAUGCUGUAGAAACAAAGAACACUACUGAACAGAAUCAAGAAACGAAUAAGUGUAAUUGUUCUGAUAAGCAAAGAAAGUGUAAUUAUUCAGAUAGAAUUGGAAAGUGUAAUUGUUCUGAUCAACCCAGAAAUUUUAAUUGUGCUGAAGGUAAUGAAAGAUAUCCACCACAAGAAGAGACACUGUUUGGUACUAAAAUACCAGUUGUUAUAAAUAAAGAUCCGCCAGCCCCUAAAGUUAAAGAACAUUUUGCAGAAAAAAGGCAGUUUGAAUUAGAGAAGAUAAAGAGAGAAAGAAGGGAAGCCGAGGAAGAUAUUAAAAGAUUUAAAGAAGAACAAAAAAGAAAAUUACAAGAAGCAGCUGAAGAUAAGAAGAGGGAAUAUGAACGAGCAACCAAUUAUUAUAUCUGGGAUUCUAGAGCAACCGGACACGGAGCACCUAAGGGAGAUGGAGAUAAUAGAAAACAGAAGUUUAUUGAAGAAGAAACCACCCCAAAAGAUUCUUUUAGAGAUCAGGAUUCAUCGGAGGUUAAAAGAGCUUUCCUAUAUACUCCAAAGGUGUGGAGACCCGAUGGAUUUAAUGAGAAUAUAGGAAGACAUGGGGGUUCUGGUGCUCCACUUAGAACUGAUUCUGGGUCAGCUCAAGCUCAAGUUAAGAUGCACCCCUCAAUACAUUUCCAACCAGAUAAAGAAAAUAUUCCACAGGCUUUAAAUGAACAAUUAAGAUACAAUCAAAAUUCACGUCAACGAGAUCAGUACGGUCAAGAUUUACUGAAACAAAGUCAAGAAAGACAGUUGUUAAAUCAAGAAGACAGAAUACGAGAAUUAAAACGAGAACUAGAAAUGUUAAAGGGAGGUGAUCCAUAUGGUAAACCAGGUGGUGGAGCUCCUUUAAAAUCAAAAUCAGACUCGUUCACAGAAAGGAAAGAGCAUAUAAAUUUAGAUCUUGAACAAGAGAAAUAUGUAGAACCUUAUACUCCAAGACGUCGUUUGGGUCUGUAUCAAGACACACCAGAACCAUAUUUUCCGUUUGGUCGUCCGGGUGCUGGAGCACCGUUAGUUGAUAUAGAGGGGAAUGUUAUAACAUCUCUCAAAAACAAACUAGAAAGAAAUACAACUUCAGCUGAUGAUAGAAGAAAGGCAAGGGCAGCUAGAGUAUAUUAUCAGGAACUUAAACAAGAAGAAGCACAGCUGAUACGUAAUCGACAGGAAAUGGAAAAUCAGUCUAAAGCACCUGUUGGUGACGUGGCAUCUUUAAUUAGAGAAGGUCAAGUUGGUAAACCAAGACGAGAUCCUAUCACGGGAACUUUAUUAAAUCAACAUCUUCCCAUAUCAGAUGUCUCCCAUUUUAAAAUGAAUUCACAGUUUCGAGAUACUGGUGAACAGAAAUCCUAUCACGAAGAUUUAACAAAACAAGCUGAUGAUCGACACAGGAAUCGUGAACUAAAUCGUCUUAAAGAUAAACAACUUUCAAAACAGCAUUAUGAUGUAAUGGAUGAAUAUUGGGGUAGAUGUGGAGGUGGAGCACCUAAAGAUCCAGUAGAAAGGAGAAAAGCUGCUUUAGAUAAUACAUUAUACUCUCCUGGUAGAAUGCCGGAAUAUUACAGAGAAGAAGAGCCUAGGAAGCCGGAGGAGAAGAUACUGCCAAAAUAUGUGAAAAAUGUAGUCAACAGUACCCACAAAAAUCAUUACGAUUAUUCUGGGGAUACAAGUAGUCGAGAUCAUCGUCAGGGUGCACCUUAUGCCUCAUUUCGCUAGAAUAUGAUCUCUAUCGAAACUUUGGUCCAUUUUGUCAAAUAGCUUUUAAUUUAUUUUAUCUAAUAUUCAGUCUAUUUUAUCUAAACUUUAAUCUCUUUAGACCAAUUUAUCUAACUUUUAGACCAAUUUAUCUAACUUUUAGACCAAUUUAUGUACCUUCUAAUCUUUAGACCAAAUUAUCUAAUCUUUAGUGUAUUUUAUCUUAAUAUUUCAAUUAGUUGUUGAUGUCUCCCAUUACUCUCAUGUUUUGUUAUAUCUUUAAAUUUCUAAUCAUUAUUAUCAAUUCAUCGGGAUUUCAUAUAUUAUGUCAGCAUAUAACAUUUAAAAAAAAAAUCAUGAAAAUUUGCCAUCUUUGUUUUCUCAAUUCAUUGUAAUUUCAUUUAUUAUGUCAGCAUUAUAUAAAAAAGAUCAUGAAAUCUGUAAAUUAAGAAUUUGAAUACUUUUGAUUUUGUUUGUUAAACUUUCUUGUUUGUUAGAUAUUUUUAAUUUCUAGAUAUUUUUUCUAAAAUGGCUAAAAUUAUAUAUGAAGAAUUCCAGUCUAUUUUUAUAUAUUUCUUUUCUUGUUAUAGUUAAAGAUAUUAUUUAAUUUUGUAGAAUUGUCUGUGAUAUUAUUAUUAUAGGUUGUCUUUUAUUACGAUGUAAACUGUGAUAUGUUAUAUAUUUAUACAUACAUGUAGUAUUAUUAAUACCAAUCUGUUGUAUUUAAACCAUGGUGUAAGUAAUGGAGGUGACUAGCUAUGGUGUAAUAAUGAUGUUUUGUAUGUUGGAUUACAAAGGGGAAGUAACUCUUGUUGGAUUAACAAUUGGCUAUUAAGGGUGUAUACUAUCAGCUGUUUCUGAUCAACAAUUUUAGGAUGAUAGUCACACAUUAACAUAAACAUAGGGCAAAAUAAAAUAAGAUCCUUGGUAUAAAAAAAUUACAAGGGGUCUUCUGGGAAAUUCUUAAGGCCUAUGUGGGAUUAUAGCCGGAGGAAGUAACUCUUAUUUGAUUAAGAAUGGGAUAUUCAAAAUAAAAUCAAUACCAAAGGUUUCCGGGGUAAGAUUUUAUAAUUUAUUGUGUAGAUUGUUAAUUACCAUUAGCAUUUGUCCAUGACAUAUUUAUUCAUAUCUUCCUUUAUUUGAUAUCUGUCUCAGUGUCUGCCACAGACCUUACCUGUAUUAUGCUCCAUGAUAACCAAGUGUUUGGGUGAGGGUAAUGGACAGAUUUUCAAAUCGUUCCAAUGUCUGCUAUGUCAAUGUCUUCUCAUUUAUAUAUAUUAUUAUAUGGUAUAUAUUUCAUAUUUAACUGUAUAUAAAUAUUUAUCAUACUAGCUUAUUAAAUUUUAUCAUUCUU